CUCUGUAGGAAGUCCAAUUAUAUUUCAACAUCAGGGCAACUGCUCUUUCUUCAGCUCGCUCUCUCUUCUCGUGCCCUGCCCCUUCGUCUCUCGCUCUCUUUUCCGAUCUAAAAACAACUUUCUACCAAUCGUUGCUUUCACCUUACGUCGGCCCAUCGCUCUCUCUCGAUCAUUCGCGAUCGAUCGUGUGAGAAAAAUAGGAAAACCAGCGAAGGUUUCGAUCCGUUUGCUCUCUCCCCCAUCUCUCGAAGUGCUACAUCAUUUUCUGUAUCUAGGGUUUCGCAGAGAAGCCACCAGUUGUCACCUUGUUUAAGGUUCUGUCAAAUUUAAUUUGAUGAUCUUUCUACGACAAUUGAACUAUGACAUCAAACAUUUUAACUGGAGAGAGAAGAUGGACCUCUGCAAGAAGAGGAGGCAUGACUGUUUUGGGGAAAGUUGCUGUUCCGAAACCUAUAAAUUUACCCAGCCAAAGGUUAGAAAAUCAUGGUCUGGACCCAAAUGUGGAAAUUAUCCCCAAGGGCACCCUUAGUUGGGGCAGCAAAUCAUCUUCUUCUGCAUUGAAUCCAUGGGGUUCUUCAACUCGUUCGCCACGAACUGAUGGUGGUUCUAGUUCGCCAAGCCAUCUGAGCGCUCGUCCUUCUUCUGGUGGAAGUGGUACUCGACCAUCAACUUCUGGCAGUGACAGAGCCCAUGAAGCUAACACUAAUGCUUGGGAGAAUUCUAGACCAUCAUCAGCUUCUGGAGCAUUGGCAUCAAAUCAGUCAUCACUUGCAUCACUACGUCCUCGCAGUGCUGAAACAAGACCUGGUAGCUCACAAUUAUCUCGAUUUGCUGAACCACCGUCGGAGAAUUCAGGGACAUGGGGUGCGGCUGGAACAGCAGAAAAGUUGGGAGUUACAUCAUCUAAGAAUGAUGGGUUUUCUCUUACAUCUGGAGACUUUCCUACACUUGGUUCAGAAAAAGACUACGCUGGAAGAAACUCGGACCCCCAAGACCAUAGUUCUCAUGGUCGUCCUGGAUCAUAUGCUGUUGGGGCAACAGUGGAAGAUAGGAGUGGGAGUGGUAAUGCUUCUAUAAAUUCAGAUGUCAAGAGUGGAACUGCAAAUUCUUGGACAAGAGAUAGCCCCCCAUGUAGUGAAGAUGGAAUGAGGCCGAAUGUGGAGAAAUGGCAGGUGGAUCAUCCACCAUAUAACAAUCCAAAUAUGCCCCCACCUCAUUAUGAUGCAUGGCAUGGUCCUCCUGUAAAUAAUCAUCCCGGGGGCGUAUUGUAUAGAGGACCUCCAACCGGUCCUCCAUAUGGGGCUCCUGUUACUCAUGGUGGUUUCCCAAUGGAACCAUUUCAUUACUACCAUCCUCAGAUUCCAGCUUCUGCUCUUGCCAAUCAACGGCCUGUUCCACCUCCUGGUGUAGGACCAAGAGGGCACCACCCAAAAUAUGGAGAUAUGUACAGGCCACAUAUGCCUGAUGCUUACGUUCGCCCCGGUAUGCCAAUUAGGCCUGGUUUUUUCCCUGGUCCCAUGGCCUAUGAGAGCUACUAUGGUCCUCCCAUGGUCUAUUGCAAUUCCCAUGGACGGGAUAUUCCAUUUAUGGAAAUGACAGCUGGUCCUGCAUACAACAGGCACUCAGGUCAAAGUGCUCCUGAUAAUGGCAAUUUGCAUAGUAGACCUUGUGGAUGUGGUCCUCCUGGCAAGUCAUUGGUUUCAGAAACAGAAUCUAGUCAUUCUCACGAUACUCGUGGACCAUACAAGGUUCUUCUGAAGCAGCAUGAUGGUUGGGAUGAGAAACAUGAUCAGAAGUUGAACGAGAGUGGUGCAUCAUAUCUUGAGAAGAAGGACCAGUCAAGAAAAUCAUCUUGGGACGAUGACUGGCAAGGAGAUUACAAAAAGGACGAGGAGAUGGACAUAAAAGGAGUAACACCUGGUGAAGAGGCUUCUGUGGCUUCAGGCAUCCAAGGAGGCAGCUCUGUUACUGCCAAAGUACAUUCAACUGAAAAUGUAGGAUAUGUGGAGGCACACAGUGAACAUUUUUUGAAGAAAUCAGAAAAUGUGGAUUUUGUUGUUCUAGAAGGCCCUGCAGCCUUAAAAGACUCCAGUCUGAUACAGAAAAUAGAAAAUUUAAACGCAAAAGUCUGGGCUUCAGAUGGACGACAAGAUGUCACAUCUAUUUCCAUUAGAGAGGAGCAGGGAAAUAAAUUACCAGCUAGUGGUCUUAAGGCCAACCAUCUGUCAAAUGAUGCUGAUAAUGGUCCUGUAUAUCUUGAGAGCAGUCGUGUUGGUAGUGUCACCAAAAGUGGCUCCCGUAAAUCGGUUGUUCAUACUGGAGAUAUGGGUGCUGGAGAAAAGAUGUUUGAUGCCAGUAUAACUGCAACCUCUAGGAGACCUUCUCAUGGCAUGCACAACAGACCUGAUCAUUGUGGCAGCAAAGGAAGAUUUAAUGUGCGAGAGUCUGAUGGGCGGGAAAAGAAAGCUUCGGCUGUUUCCCCAAUUGCAGCAGCAGCUUCACAUUCCAAGAGUUCUGUUACUCACAUGCAAAACCAUACAUAUGUGGAGCCUACGGAGAAGUCAGGGUCCUAUCCUCAGGGGAAGGAUGAGGGAGAGGCUGUGUCUUCCAUCUUCGCUUCAAGUGACAGUCGGUUGCAGAAGGAGGAGGAAGAGCGGGCAAGAGAACAGAAGGCCAAAGCUCUUGCAAAAUUGGAAGAGUUGAACAAGCGGACUCAAUCAGUGGAAGUUUUAAAUCAGAAGACCGAGACUGGUUCAAGGGGUUCUGUACUGAAUAAGCAUGAAGAAUCCCAAGCUUUUACUGAAUCAACCUUGGUUACCUUUAAAUCUGCAGAACUAACCUUUUCGAACACAAUGACAAUUGUGCAGGUUAGUGAAAGUAUUGCCAACAGAGUUGAAAAACCAACCUUUUUGGUUGGUGAGCUGCCUGUGGAGACUCUGAAGAGUGCAAACAGGGAACCUGUUGUGUCACAGAUCCACUUGGAGCAAUCGCAAAGAGUUGAUAAUACUGAUUCUCCUGACCUUGACAAUGCUCCACAUGUUGCUGGCGUCCCUAAUUCUAAGCAUAAGCGUGUCGGCCAUAAACAAAAGCAGAAUAUUCCACUGGAAAAAUUUUCUGUUGACAAGCUUAUUUCUGUAUCUAUGUCUGAAGCACCUAAAAUUGAUACUGAUGCAUCAGUUGAUGUUUCUGCAUCCAUUGAGGUUGUUGCUAGGGAAAUGGCAUCUGGCCUGAAAUUGUCGGAGUCGUUAGUACAACCAAGAAGGAAAAAUAACAGAGGUGCCAAGAACAAGCAAAAUGCAGAUGCUACAUCCUCUAUGGCUGCUGUACCAUCAUCAGUAUCUAAGGAAACAAAUAUUAUAGACACUCCCACUGAUGCCAGCAACCAGAUGGCAGAAGAAUCAGCAUUGAAUGCUAGUUCAGUUCAGUCAGCGAGUGCUGGUAAGGAUUCAAACCAGCCCUCAGAGCCGCACUUGUCAAUACCAAAUAAAGACACCCAUGGAAGAGUAAAUAACCAGUGGAAACUUCAGCAUUCUCACAGGAUGAGAAAUCAACAAGGUAAUAGAUCAGCAGAGAAAUUCCAUGGAGGUGAUGCUGUUGUUUCACUUGUUUGGGCCCCUGUGCGUUCACAGAACAAGGCUGACGUUGCCAAUGAAGUCAGUAAGAACCCUCUAAGUGUGAAUACCAAUUCUGUAAAGAACGACCAGUUACAGAACAAUCCCAGAAACAAGAGGGCAGAGAUGGAGAGAUACAUCCCAAAGCCUGUAGCCAAAGAAAUGGCUCAGCAAGGAAGCUUUCAACAACCAGUGGCUCUUUCAGUCGGGCAGACUGCAUCGGAAGAAAUUGUUGGCAGACCAGUUUCUCCUGCUGGACCUAUUACUCGAAAGGGAGGGCCAGCAAUUGAGGCUGGGAAUGGGGACAUUAAGCAGAAUAGGCCAGGAAAAGUUCAGGGAUCUUGGUGUCAACGGGGUUCUGUAGAAUCUGUCAUGGGUCAAAGUUUGCAAGAUAGGAAGUAUAAUGCUUCAAACUCUAGCAAGAAUGUUCCAAAAUUAAAUGAGAACCAGCUGCCCCAGAAGUCUGAUGUAAGCUUGGUGAAAGAGCAACCGAAGCAUACUAAUGAAUGGAAUUUUUCUGAUGGCUGGCACAUUCCUGAGAGUUCUGCAUCUUCUGCACCAGUCACAGUUCCUACGGUGAAAGAUCAGGGAGUCAAAGGAAAGUGGCAUAGCGCAAAGGGACAGAAGGGCAUGGGUAACACGCAUGAGAAGGAGAAGAAAAUCAAAAGUGAUGAUGACGUGGACAAAUCUAACUCAAAAUCUUUAGCGCCUGAGAUAUGUCAAAUAGAAUUUUCAGCUGCUUCAAAAGAAAAUCGUGCAAGCCAGGAACGAUCAACUUCUCAUUGGCAACCCAAAUUACAGGUUUCUUCAGCUCCCAACCAAGGCGCUGCCACUAAUAUUGGCCUAGGUAUAGGGGUUGAAGUAGGGAGAGGAAACAGGAGGGAUCCUACUUUACAGGAUAGAAAAUCUCUUCCACCUCAACAGCGCAUGGAAACCACGGAAGGUAAUGUAGUUCAGUCAGUCUCUCUUUUGGAAGAAAACAAAGUGGUAGAAGCUCCUGGUGUACGGCAUUCAGAGACCAAGAGAGAGAGGAAGAUAAAGGGACAGUCCCACUCCCCAAACCAAGUUCCUGGUGGCCUCGGUGAAGAGGAGCCUUCAUUAAAUAUGGAUUUCCAACAUGAGCAGUCAUCUUUGGGGUUCCAGAAAAAUGGUAGCCAUAAUGGUUGUUUUGGUAAAGGGCAUGAAUCUCGUGGUCGUUGGGGUGCUGCGGGGGAAGAUAAUAAACGACAUAACCAACCUGCUAACCGGGAUAGACAGAGGAACACUUCCCACUAUGAGUACCAGCCAGUUGGGCCCCAUAAUAGCAACAAAGCCCACAACUUUGAGCAACCAAAUGAUGCUUCUCAUAAUCCUGGUCCGAGAUACAGGGAUAGAGGCCAGAAUCACUCCAGGCGUGGUGGUGGAAAUUUCUAUGGACGGCAAAGUAGCACAUCUACCGACUGAUAUAGCUGGUUAUGAUGUGUGUUGGGGAAAAGAUGUGUCAACCAACUCUUACCAGGCCACGCAACGCCACGAUCGUUGUCUUGAUACCUUGCAUUCUCAGGUAAAAUCAGGCCUUCAUAACUUUUGACAGUAAAUACGACUGAAUUACUAGGUAUUCAAAGAAGUUGAAUGAUCUAAUAGAUGACUGUUUAUCAGGACCAAGAGGAGGAAAGCUGAUGAUGCAAAGGUCAAGAUAUCAUUACAAGUUGAUGGGAGAUACGUGGAUGGGUUGAUUUUUUUUCUUUCCUUAUGUCAAUGUACUAAUUUGAACAUUGUUAUUGGGUCAGGGUUUGGGUGCUAUAGAAAUCUUGUUUUUCUUUAUUUGUCUUUUGUAGUGCCGUUUCUUUUGCUAGAAAAGCAGUUAAAGAGAAUCAAUCCCUGAGGAGAUUUCUUGUUCUCCCAGUCAUUGUGUCCCAAAACUUAAUUUAGACAACGUUGAUGGAGGCAUUGUUCAUUUAAGUAAAUUCCCUCAAUGCAACGAAAGAAACGCAGUCAAA